CAAUCCCUGCAAGCACCAUGGCGGAGCCCAGCCGAGGCAUCCUCCCUCAGGGACAAAGAGGGCACCAUGGCAGAGCCCGCCUGAGGGAUCCAUCCCCUCAGGGACACCAUGGCGGAGCCCGCCUGAGGGAUCCAUCCCCUCAGAGGUGCCAUGGCAGAGCCCACCUGAGGGAUCCAUCCCCUCAGAGGUGCCAUGGCAGAGCCUGCCUGAGGGAUCCAUCCCCUCAGAGGUGCCAUGGCAGAGCCCACCUGAGGGAUCCAUCCCCUCAGAGGUGCCAUGGCGGAGCCCGCCUGAGCGAUCCAUCCCCUCAGGGACACCAUGGCAGAGCCCACCUGAGGGAUCCAUCCCCUCAGGGACACCAUGGCAGAGCCCACCUGAGGGAUCCAUCCCCUCAGGGACACCAUGGCAGAGCCCACCUGAGGCAGCUUCCCCUCAGGGACACCAUGGCGGAGCCCGCCUGAGGGAUCCAUCUCCUCAGGGGCACAGAUGGCACCAUGGCAGAGCCUGCCUCAGGCAGCCUCCCCUCAAGACUGCCAUAGCAGAACCCGCCUGAGGGAUCCGUCCCCUCAGAGCUGCCACAGCAGAGCCCCUCUGGCUGAGGGAUCCAUCCCCUCAGAGCCGCCACAGCGGAGCCCCUCUGGCUGGGAUAUGCAAAGCACUACACUCCUCCUCACUUCUGCGCUUAAAACACUGGUGAGUACAAGGUAAGAGCUGGUAUUUGGCUCUGUUCAUACUCACUUAAGGAGUUUCUGUGCUGUUCUGCAAGGGCCACAGUGUGUCAGAGGAACCCAAUUCCACCCCAAAUUGUUCAGCUUAAGGUCCACGCACCCACAAAACACCAAUAUAAUUUUAAACAGCAUUCUAUCCCUCACUUCUAUGCUUCCAUACAAAAGAUUUUUCAAGGGCUAUGUCAUUUUUGCACAAGUAGGAAACCGAGGCCAUGUGAAGCAAAGGUGUUUGCUCCAUGUUAGCCACGGAGUUGUGGGCAAAGAGCACAAAAACUCAUUCCCGGAUGAUUGGACAAGCCAGACACGCUGGAAAUUAGCUGUUGGUGUGCUUUGGCUGGCUUUUCUCUAUUUUCCUGUCAUAAAUCACAGAUGCCAGGUCAGAUUUGCUGCUUGCUUUUGCUUUCUUCUGUACCCUUGAGCCCAGCUGAUUGUGGGGAGAUACGAGGCUUGGGACAGACCAGCAGAGAAGGAGACUGGGGGAAAAGCCAGCAGAAAAUCCUCAAGAUCAGAUUUUCAGCUUUCUGCAGAGCCCUGUGUCACCAGCGUGCCCAAAGUGGGGUGGGCUGGGAAAUAAUGGAUGGUGACAUCCCAAACUGUCCUGGUUUCUUGCCUUUGUCUCCCUCCUCCUUCACCCUGCCCUGGUCGGUCAGUCUCAGCUGAUCAUCAGCAAAGAGCCUCCAUGUCCUCCUUUUAUUGCUGCUGUGACUCACAGAGAGCAAGGAUCAGGCACAUCUUUUCCAUGAAAACCCUGCUGAAAUCCCCGCCUGAGCGCUUCAGGACUUGGCUGAGGAUGGCAGGGGCGAGGUCACACGUGAGGAGCAGCAGUUUUUUGGCCGUGUGCUGGUGCUCCACGUCAUCCUGGCUGCCCCUGGCUCCCAGGUUCGAUGUGCCUCAGAGAUUCCACUGCGCUGGAGAAUUUCCACGGUGCAUUUUCCAUGACUCAAUGUUGGUGCCAGCUGAUUCAUCUGUGUGACACUACCCUGCUUUUUCUCACCGUGGCGCGGAGACAUCCUCUUUUAUUCCCCUCUGUGUGGAACAACCCAACAACAGCACCCCUUGCAAACCAGACAAAAAGGGGAACAGAGGCCCAGAAAUCCAGUUUUACCCAGCGCUGCCCCUCGCGCUGCUCUUUGCACGCCGUUUUCCCAGGAUUUUGCUGGAACUCUGCUCCUUGCAGACACCCACUCGCUAUUAGGCCUUACCUCCAGUGCCUGUUUUCCAAGUUUGGAAGGAGUGAGCGCUGGGAGCAGGCUCUGGAUCUGCUCAGCAAUCCUUGCUCCGUAACCAUGGCAGCUCAGGGUGACUCACACUGCCACAGGCCUGAGCCCAACUUAGCAGGAGGAAUUUUUUCCCCUCCUCUGUCACCAGCUCAGAGUUUCUCUCCACAGUUGCAUAACUCAGCUGUCGCUUGUGUUCCUCUGGUUCUGCCUUGGGGACAAGCCCUGCUGUCAGCUGGAGCGUCCCUGGAAGGUCUCCAUUGGAGGUUGUUCCCCAGGCAGGGAAUGAAGCUGAUCCAUGGAUUUGUGAUCAUGCAGCACAAGAAACCAGAGCAGAAAGUCCCCACGGCCAGGAGAUGUCCUCAUGGGUCUGAUCCCAAGUCUCUUGGAGCACAGAGUUCCCACAAAUCCCUAAAAUUUAUAACAAAGCACUCAGGUAUCCAGCUGUAUCAACUGUGGCCAAAAAAAAACCCUUCUUGUUGUUCCAUGGAUGAGGGAAUCGUCUUACAACUGGAGUUCUGCAGGAAAAGGGAAUUUGCCAGCCCUAGAUCCACCACUGUGGCUCAGUGGUGACGAAAACCCUGGAAUUCCAGCAGAUGGAGUCUGAGCAGAACGAGGAAGACAGAAAAUCUUGGAAGCCAGAUAAGUAAAGAGGAAGGAAAAAAUACCCCGUAAAAAGCAGGAAAUUCGGGAGAGUUUCAGUUCUCGGAGAGCAGCAAAGAUGCAUCCUCCCUAUUUUGUGGGGGAAUUUGGAGCUUGUCUUCUUGCAACUGUGAGUGUUUGAGAGAUCCCUGUUAUUUUGAUGUGUUUAGUGCUUUGGCACUUGAAAGCUUUCACAGGAUGGAAAGGGUUUCAAGGAUCAUCCCAUUCCACCCCCUGCCAUGGGCAGGGACCUUUGCACUGUCCCAGGGUGCUCCAAGCCCCGUUAAGCUUGGCCUGGGACACUUCCAGGGAUCCAGGAGCAGCCACAGCUCCAUCCCAGAGCCUCCCCACCCUCACAGGGAAGAAUUUCUUUGCUCUCCUCACGUGGAUAUUCUUUUGAAUGUGUUCUGGGCCAGGGCAGAGCACGAAACAGAGUCCAGCACAAAACUCCUCUUUUCCAGCUGCUCUCAGGGCUGAGAAACCCUGGAUAACAUCAGAUAAUGCUCCCACAGGGCCACUUGCCAGGAAAACAGCGAUCCCAAAAGGUAACUGCGACCUGAUUAAAGGGUAUUCAUCUCCCCAGAGGCACAAUGGCAGCCGGAGAACGACGUUAACCCCGUGAGAUAACAUCGGGGUGAGGCUCCAUGGAGGCCUCAUUCACACCCUGCUGCACAGGUGAGCCCUUCAGUUCUCAUCCUAAACAGCCAGGAAAAAAUGAAACUGAACAAAACCCCCGUGCUCUGAGAAAUGAGAGAACGAAGAGCUUGUAAAAUCGCACAGGGACGUGCUCUGAGGGAAAGGAGUCAAAGGCAAAACUGCUAAAAAAUAAAAAAAGCCCAACCCCCCUUCGAAAAAAAAAAGAAAAAAAAAAGAAAACAACAACAACAACAACAACAUU